AAGGAAUGUGCGCAGAUUGAAACGCCACUUAAUCGUUGAACUUUGGUGGAAUUGUUUUCAGGGUGAAUAUGGGUUUAGUGGACAGACCAAUUAUAAUUGAUGGGAAAGAUCAUUUAUUGGGUCGUUUAGCGUCAACUAUCGCAAAGCAGCUGUUGUUGGGACAGAAAGUUGUUGUUGUGAGAUGUGAAGCAAUCGUAAUAUCUGGCAAUUUCCAUCGAUCCAAACUGAAGUAUUUAAGCUUUUUGCGUAAGCGAUGUAAUGUGAAACCAGCCCGAGGACCCUACCAUCUUCGUGCACCAAGUCGUAUCUUAUGGCGAACGGUCAGAGGUAUGUUACCACAUAAGACGUAUCGUGGUAAGAAUGCCCUGAUGAGACUAAAAACAUUCGAUGGUAUUCCUCAACCAUAUGACCGUGUUCAGCGUAUGGUACAUCCGUCAUCGAUGCGUCAUAUGGCUUUGAAACCACGCCGAAAACACUGCACUGUCGGACGUUUGGCACAUGAAGUUGGCUGGCAGUACAAAGAUGUUGUCGAGAAGCUCGAGACGAGACGCAAGGUGAAGAGUGCGGCAUUCUAUGAGCACAAGAAAGCGAUGAAUAAAUUGCGUUUGAAGGCUUUGGAAACGGCCAAGAACAAAGCGUCACUUUUGCAGAAGAUUAUUGAAUCGUACGGAUAUGAAUGAGUGAACAGUUGAGAAUUGUUUUGUUACGUUAUGUUAAAGAUAUGAUUUGAUACUGUUUUUGUUGUAUAACAAAUGAAACAUUGUCAUAAAAUUUGUUUUUUGUUUUUGUUCACUCCUCGUUGCAUCAUUCAUUAUUUUUCAUUUACUCUACAAUCGUUUUAUCAAACUUUUGCGCUCUUGAAU